CGGCGGCCGCUGGGUGCCGGCUCCGCAGGCCGGGCCGGACGGGAGUCUGGCCCUUUAAGGGCCACCCCCGAGGAGGUGCCAGGCCCUGGUGGCUCCGGUCUCUCCUUCCUGGUCCUGCGGGGCUGGGACUGUCCGUGGGGCCGUGGGAGGGCUCAGGUGCCCCCUGCCUGGCCCCAUGGCCCUGGUCACCGUAAGCCGCUCGCCCCCGGCCAGUGGCCACUCCACGCCUGUGGGGCCCACGCAGGACCAGGUGUCCAAGCGGAGAAGCUGGCUCCAGCGAAGGCAGAGCUUUGCAGUGCUCCGUGGGGCUGUCCUGGGACUACAGGACAGGGGGGAUGAUGCAGAUGCAGCUGAGGCCAGCCCUGAGCCAGCGGAGGAACCCUCAGGUGACGAGCAGCCCCAUGCCGACCAUGCAGAUGAGGGGCACGGGCUCCGGAGUCCCCAGAAGCAGGAGCAGAGUCAGCACCUGCGCCUCAUGGUGGAGCUGCUGAGGCCCCAGGACGACAUCCGCCUGGCAGCCCAGCUGGAGACAGCACGGCCCCCCCGGCUCCGCUAUUUGCUGGUAGUUUCCACCAGAGACCAUCUGAGCCAGGAUGAGGCAGUCCUCCUGGGGGUGGACUUCCUUGAAAGCAGCUCCCCCAGCUGCACCCUGGGCCUGGUCUUGCCUCUCUGGAGUGACACCCAGGUGUACCUAGAUGGAGAUGGGGGCUUCAGUGUGACUUCUGGAGGACAGAGCCGAAUCUUCAAGCCUAUCUCCAUCCAGACCAUGUGGGCCACGCUCCAGGUGUUACACCAGGCAUGUGAGGCGGCUCUAGGCAGUGGCCUUGUACCAGGAGGCAGUGCCCUCUCCUGGGCCAGCCACUACCAGGACAGACUGAGCUCUGACCAGAGCUGCCUGAAUGAGUGGAUGGCCAUGGCCGACCUGGAGUCUCUGCGGCCUCCCAGCACCGAGCCUGGCAGGCCCUCGGAGCAGGAGCAGAUGGAGCAGGCGGUCCGGGCGGAGCUGUGGGACGUGCUGGACACCAGCGACCUGGAGAGCAUCACCUCCAAAGAGAUCCGCCAGGCCCUGGAGCUGCGCCUGGGAUGUCCUCUCCAACAGUACCGCGACUUCAUUGACAACCAGACGCUGCUGCUCGUGGCCCAGCAAGAUCGGGCCUCCCGCAUCUUCCCACACCUCUACCUGGGCUCAGAGUGGAAUGCAGCCAACCUGGAGGAGCUGCAGAGAAACAGGGUCAGCCACAUCUUGAACAUGGCCCGUGAGAUUGACAACUUCUACCCUGAGCGCUUCAUCUACCACAAUGUUCGCCUCUGGGACGAGGAGUCAGCCCGGCUGCUGCCUCACUGGAAGGAGACACACCGCUUCGUGGAGGCUGCGAGAGCUCAGGGCACGCGGGUGCUAGUUCACUGCAAGAUGGGCGUCAGCCGCUCGGCUGCCACAGUGGUGGCUUACGCCAUGAAGCAGUAUGGCUGGAGCCUGGAGCAGGCUCUGCACCACGUGCAGGAGCUCCGGCCCGUUGCCCGCCCCAACCCUGGCUUCCUGCGCCAGCUGCAGACCUACCAGGGCAUCCUGACUGCCAGCCGGCAGAGCCACGUCUGGGAGCAGAAAGUGGGCAAGGCCUCCCCAGAAGAGCCCCUGGCCCCUGAGGUUUCUACACCACUCCCACCUCUUCUGCCAGAACUGGGAGGCACUGGGGAGGUGAAGAUCAUGGGGUUGGCGGAGAGCCAGGCAGCCCCAGCAGAAGGCCCUGGGCCACGGCCCCGCAUCAAUCUCCGUGGGGUCAUGAGGUCCAUCAGCCUCCUGGAGCCUUCCUCGGAGAUGGAAAGCCCCUUGGAAGCGGGGAACCUGCCGGAGGUUUUCUCUUCAAAUGAGUCUUCAGAGGAAGACCCUCCCCAGCCCGUCCCUCAGCUCUCAAAGGCCAGUGGUGGCCGGCGGGUCCGCAAGGAGCCCUGGCCUGCCCUGAAGUCCCGCCAGUCUGUGGUGGCCCUCCACAGUGCUGCCCUGGUGGCCAGCCAGACCCGGGCCUUGCAGGAGCAGGGAGAGGCGCGCUGUUCCCCCACCCGCAGGCGGCGGAAGGUGGUGAGGCAGGCCAGUGUGGAUGGCAGCGGGGAGGAGGGGGAGGCCUGAGCCUUCACGUGUGCCCGUGCUCCCCUCGGCACAACAGAGACGCCCGAACGCCGUUCUGGGACCGGCACCCCUCACUCCUGUCAGCCCGUCUGCACCCCUCUUCCUCCUUCCCAGGAGGCCCCAGGCCUGGCACCACAGCCUCAGCUCCUACAGCCUCAAGUCUCGCACCCAUGCCACCUGUCCAAGGGCUCAAGACUUUUUCUAUAACUGGGGAUGUGGUGGAGAUACUGAAGGUGCCUUGGGGCAGCAGCCCCCUAGCUUCGUUCUCAACCGCUGCCCGGAACGCUGGCAGCCACAGAAUAAAAAAUAGUUUCCCAGUGUAGAAGGGCUCACAUUCCCUCCCUCACCCACUCCUGUCUGCCUCUUCCCUGCCCCCCACUUCAUUCAGGGGCCCCCAGAGCCGACAGUAACCUCCAUCCUCAGUCCCCAGCGACAGGAGGCUUUCUGCCCCCCUACCCCCCAUGCCACUCUCCUGGGUCACAGGGCACCCAGCCAAAGAGUCUUUUUGUUCUUCAUGGCCUCUGGCCAGUCAGUUUUUCAUAGUCUUAAUAGUAUCUGGCUUUGUACUUAGAAAUAAAAAACAUUUCAUA